AUGAGGAUCUUUCGUGAGCUCUACAACAACUCCACGACUGGGAUCUCGCCAUUCUAUAAAGACGUUAUCAUCAACGUGAAGGGAGGGAAAGUUAAGUCUGCUAGACGUCAGUGUCGUAAGCGUUCCGCGCUGGAAGCGACCAUAGGCUCGUUGGAGCCAAAGUCCGCUUACGAGCAAAACUUCGAUGACGAGAUCACUUCCGGCCUCCUCCCACUACCGCAGUAUGAUAUACAAGUGCCAUGGAGGUAG